CUGUAGCUUUUCGCACCCGGCUUCGCCUUGCGUAGAGGGAGGGGCGCCUGUGCGCGCCUUGGGCCCAAGAAGGAUUUUGGUACCGUGUAGGCCGGCUCUUUAGCCGGCCGCAACCGCAGAAACCAUGACAUCUUCAGGAAAAGAGAAUUUUCGACUCAAAAGUUAUAAAAACAAGUCUCUGAACCCUGAUGAAAUGCGUCGCCGUCGGGAAGAAGAGGGCCUUCAAUUGCGGAAGCAAAAACGAGAGGAGCAGUUAUUUAAACGUAGAAAUGUUGCUACAGCUGAUGAAGAGACAGAGGAGGAAGUUAUGUCAGAUGGUGGUUUUCAUGAAACUCAAAUGAAUAACAUGGAAAUGACAUCUAAUGCAGUGAUCACCUCCGACAUGACUGAGAUGAUCUUUUCCAACAGCCCAGAGCAGCAGCUCUCAGCUACCCAAAAGUUCCGAAAACUUCUUUCAAAAGAACCAAAUCCUCCUAUAGAUGAAGUUAUUAGCACACCAGGAGUUGUUGCAAGGUUUGUGGAGUUCCUGAAACGGAAGGAAAACUGCACAUUACAGUUUGAAGCCGCCUGGGUUCUGACUAACAUUGCCUCUGGAAAUUCCCUUCAAACUCGGAUUGUGAUCCAAGCAGGAGCUGUUCCUAUCUUCAUAGAACUACUCAGCUCAGAAUUUGAAGAUGUGCAGGAACAGGCUGUUUGGGCUCUAGGUAAUAUUGCAGGUGAUAGUACCAUGUGUAGAGACUAUGUACUUGACUGCAACAUCUUGCCCCCUCUAUUACAAUUGCUUUCCAAACAGAAUCGUCUUACCAUGACUCGGAAUGCAGUAUGGGCACUAUCUAAUCUUUGCAGAGGGAAGAACCCUCCUCCAGAUUUUGUUAAGGUAUCACCAUGUCUGAGUGUCCUUUCAUGGCUGCUGUUUGUUAAUGAUACAGAUGUUCUAGCAGAUGCAUGUUGGGCUCUCUCCUACUUGUCUGAUGGACCGAAUGAUAAAAUUCAGGCUGUGAUUGAUGCUGGAGUGUGUAGGAGACUUGUAGAACUGUUGAUGCACAAUGACUACAAAGUGAUAUCACCUGCCUUGCGAGCAGUUGGGAAUAUUGUUACAGGAGAUGAUAUCCAGACCCAGGUAAUACUGAACUGUGCAGCCCUGCAAAGUUUAUUACACUUGUUAAGUAGUCCUAAAGAAUCAAUCAACAAGGAAGCAUGUUGGACAAUAUCAAACAUUACAGCCGGAAACAGAGCACAGAUUCAAACGGUCAUAGAUGCUAAUAUUUUCCCAGCUCUAAUAAAUAUUUUGCAAACUGCUGAGUUUCGGACAAGAAAAGAAGCAGCUUGGGCGAUCACUAAUGCAACAUCAGGUGGCUCAGCAGAACAAAUAAAAUAUCUAGUAGAACUUGGUUGCAUCAAACCACUCUGCGAUCUCCUUACUGUGAUGGAUCCAAAGAUUGUGCAGGUAGCACUUAAUGGACUGGAAAACAUUCUGAGGCUGGGUGAGCAAGAAGCAAGAAGAAGUGGCACUGGCAUUAAUCCAUACUGUGCGCUCAUCGAAGAAGCCUAUGGCCUGGAUAAGAUUGAAUUCCUGCAAAGUCAUGAGAACCAAGAAAUAUAUCAAAAGGCCUUUGACCUGAUUGAGCAUUACUUUGGGACAGAAGAAGAAGACAGCAGCAUUGUCCCACAAGUAGAUAUUGGCCAGCAACAAUAUAUCUUCCAACAGUGUGAGGCUCCCAUGGAAGGUUUCCAGCUCUGAAGUGCUCCUGUCUGCCGUUAAUGUAGAACUCUGAGUGGUCUCAUUUACCAUAAAUGUGUGAGCUAAUUUGCUUGCUUUGCACAUGCACUACCUUAAACACAACUGGAAAAAUAUUUGGCUCUUAGUUGUAGGAUGCCACUUUGAUAAGGGCUUAUCUUAAAUACUGAGCCCAUUGUUCGGAACUGGUGCACUUCUGUAAAGAUACUGUUUUUCCUGAUUUUUCCUAUUUUCCUAAUACACUGAAAACGUAACCCUAGAAUCUCAAAAACAAGGACAUUUCCAUGUGGAGCAUUCUUUACUGUCUACUGAGACUUUUGAGAGACUCUUCCUUCCCAUGCAUUCCUUUAGGUGCCUGCCUUGUUCAAAGAAUUUAAGAGAAAUAGUUAAUGCAGACUCAGAAUUUGAGUGGCAUUCUUCUGUGCGGCAGCCUGGAUUCCUGUUAAUUUAUAAGCAUAUAUGGUUAGAAUUAUUCUAUUCCCUGUGUUUAUGGCAGCCCAUGAAUACCUUUCUCCAGGUUUUAGGAAUAUUGCUAAUUGUCAGCAAGCUGAUUUCAGUGCUCCCAUUUUGACUGCAUAGGAUUUGGAGUUCCUCACUUUCUUCAAUGCAGACAGGGAAUCAGCUCAUCCUUCUAUUUAAAACAUAGCACUUUCUUUGACAUGUUCUAAAUUGGGCCAUUGAUAGAGAAAACCUCUCUACACUGUCUAAAUUAGCAAAGCUUAUUUAAAAGCUCUUAAAGAGUACUUUCACAUCACCACUGAUGUGAUGAAAACUUCCAACUUAAUUUUUUGUACAGCUCCAUCAAACAAAGCUGUAUGUAUGGUUAAUAUUCUAAAUUAUUGAUGCUAGGACACUUGAUCCCUGGUUUGCAUCUGCUUUCACAAACACCAGUUUCUAAAUCAAAUCAGACAGAUUGGUUAUUAGCAGUUUCAUUAAAAAAUACCAGAAACCAUCUGCCCUGUAUAAUAGAUUCCAACACACUCAAAUAAUAAUCUGUUUCAUGGUUAAACUAUAAACACUUCAGCCAUUUAACACUCUUGCACCUUUCAUUUAGUUUUCAAUACAGCUAUCUCCAAUGAAAAACUAGUACUUCAGCCUCUGCAGCAGCUAAGAGCUUGAAUACCAUUUGGGUAAGAUCAGGUUGGAGGUCUCUAAUAAGUUUGGAUUUAAGACCUUGGAAAUGAAUACCAGUUGCUUUGAUCUUCUCCUACAUUCAUGUUCUCUGAUCUUUGUAGUAUAAUAUAAUUAUUUCAGGAGUGUUGUCCUAUGAAUGAAUUAAGUGGCAUUUUCAUUCAAUUUAACUUGACCUUUGUUUACGCUUUACAAAAGAAAACUAGCAUCAACUACAACAUACUACUUUGUCAAACCCUGAUCCGAAUUCUGUGUCCCACAUAGCUUCCAUUGAUAUCUGCAGCCACCACAAUCCAAAUUAUUGUAUUCAUGAUAGCACUCUCUUAUGCUGAAGGUGCACCAUAGGUUACGAUGUCAGUUGAAUUUCCUGUUUGAUCUUGGGAUAUUAAAAAUAGAGCUAAGAUGGCUAGGAUGGUACAUUUCACAAUAAACUAAUUGUCCAUUUUGUUGAUUGUCCAGAUUGUUGGGCCCCACAUGAGAGAAGGAAUUUAUGGGCUCAUUUUAAUUGUUGUGUACAUAUAACAAAUUUGACUCCAGAUGAUGUGACAAUCAUGCUUCCUGAUUGGCUACAAUUGCUUUGGGAAGAGAUCCCCAUUUUUAAUACCAGAAGUCAGAUG